CGCAGCGCGGCACAGCACAGACAGUCUCUCCAAGUCCGUGUGUGUGUGUCAGUGUGUGUCCGUGUGAGUGCGUGUGUCCUCCUCCGCCCGGAUUAGCGCUUCCUCUCAGUCCGAGCUGACCCGCUCUCUCAAUGAAGCUUGGUUCUUCUCCGUGAUUUCUUCGCCAUGAGCUGCUUGGAUGUGAUGUACCAAGUGUUUGGACCUCAGCCUUACUUCAGCUCCUACAGCCCCUAUCACCACCAGAAGCUGGCCUUGUAUUCCAAAAUGCAAGACCCCCAGGACAGCAGCAGCCGGCUCGGCCCCCUGGGGCCCCCGGCCAUCAAGGAGGAGGACAAGGAGCUGCCGCCGGGGGCCGAGUACCUGAGCUCCCGCUGCGUCCUCUUCACGUACUUCCAGGGCGACAUCAGCGCGGUGGUGGACGAGCACUUCAGCCGAGCACUCAGCCAGGCGACCGCGUACCCUGCCUCCAGCAGCCACAAGACCGUAAGAGAUUCGUUCCCGAUGAGCCAGCGAAGUUUCCCCCCGUCUUUCUGGAACAGCUCGUACCAGCCGUCCCUCUCCGCUCCCCACACAGAGCUCUCCUUCCCCGGGGACCCGUACGCCUCCGCCUCCCUGCACAGCCACCUCCACCAGCCCAGCCCCGAAGCCUGGCACCCGUCCCACCACCACCAUCACCACCACCACCCGUACUCGCUAGGGGGCGCUAUAAGCACCCAGGGCUCGGCGUACCCACGUCACGAGAUGUACGGCGCGGCGUUCGACCCGCGGUACGGCUCGCUGCUGGUGCCGUCGGUGAGGCCGCACCACCGGCUGACGCCCGGCAGCUCGGUGUCCGGGCCCAACGCCUCGCCCUGCGACCUCGGGGGGAAGGGCGAGUCGGGGGCGGGCUCGACCUGGAGCGGCGCCUUCACCGGAGCCGGAGCAGAAAUCGGACUCAACAUGGACACAGGUCUACAGGGGCAGGAUAAGAGCAAGGACUUGUAUUGGUUUUAGAGACUGAUGAUUCCCUGCCUGCUCUUCACUCCCCCACCCCCCCCUGCACUCCCACCCUCCUCCCCUCCUUCAGCUGUAGCCCCCCCCCCUCCAGUCCUGCUCUCCUCCUCUGUUGCUCUGCUGAUGACUGACGAGAGAAAGUGACGGCACGUUUCUAUGCUGUAACGGCUUCUGGUCUCCUUGCAGCUCGGUGUCUCGGCGGACUGUGGCCCUGCUGAGCUGAGCGCCGACACCGUGGAUACAAAACUAAACAAACUGAAGAGGAGCGAGUGCAUCCGAUCUUUAUUUGACGGACGUGGACAAAGACGAGUUUCUUUGUGCUCCUGCAAACAGGCAGAGACAACAUUCCUAGAAGUGGGAAAAAAAAGGUCUUGGGACAGACGGACAGAGACACAUGUGUCGUCCAACUCCAAAGACGAGCGCUCGGAGGACUUGGCAGGACUUGCCUCACUGGGGCAACUGGGCCGCAGACACUGGGAGUGUGUUAUGGCUGCAGGAAAAAAGGGCCACGUCGGGUUUGAGGAGGCCACGCAGACGCUGAAGGUUUUCACAGGGUUUCUGUUCGAUGUCAACGCAGAUACCGCCCCCCCCCCCCCCCCCGUCAUUUUGUCAGAAGUCAAACAGGUUUUCAAAUUACGUCCAGAAGGUUUUUACCUCGUAUUUCAGCUGUCGAUGCCACACCAUGUUGAAAGUUGUGAAAAAGGUCCUUGUACGUACGGUUGCCUCUCGAUGAAACGCACAAAUGGAGCUGGUUGAGCUGAAGCUGCUUUAAAAGAUUAAAAAAAACAAUAGUGUGUCACUCGUUAGAGCUCAACCCUCCGGCCAGGCCCAACAGUCAUCUCACAAAACCACGUUUUAACCCACAAGAGCAGGUUUUUAUUAAGGUCCUCACCACUUUUUGACUAAUCUUGCUGAAAACCAAAAAACCCAACAAGUACACGCACUAGCGCAGCACUUACAGCUUCACCGAGGGCCCGACACUUUCCUUAUGGCCCGUUCAAAUUCUCUACACGUCAAUAAGAGGACUCACGAUUGGUCGAUUUGGACCCUUUUUGUAUCCAGAUGAAAAAGGACCAUUUAAAGGGCGUCCAUGUUGAGCUUCAUGAGUUUCUGGUAAAAUGGGUCGAACUGAGUGAACGGAGCCUUUAACCUGCCGCUGAUAAGAGGAUGGAUUCACACAUAACCACAUCCAACACAACUUCCAACACAACUUCCACCACAACCACCACAACCACCACAUCCAACACAACUCCCACCACAACCACCACAUCUCAGGGUCCGGACUGUGUGACCCUCUUUGUUCUGGACACUUAUGAGACAUUUCAUGGUGAAGGCAGAUAUUUAAAAAAUGUGUCAACACAAAGAAACAUAAAACUCACACCAACGAGAGAGAGAGAGAGAGAGAGAGAGAGAGAGAGAAAGAGAGAGAGAGAGGGGAGGGGUCCCUCUGUCUAUUUGAAGCCACUUGACUCUUUCUCGCCUGCUCCCCUGCAGCUGUCAACGACAACUGCUCCUCAACACAAACACACAUACACACACACACACACACACACACACACACACACACACACACACACACACACACACACACACACACACUGCAGUGUUCAAGCCAGGCCUAUGAACUUAAUAAAGGGAACAUUUAGAGAGCGAGGUGGAUCCUGCUCCACUGGGACAACUGGUGUGAUAUAAGUGAAGGGAGCAGAGGACACACACACACACGCACACACACACACACACACACACACACACACACACACACACACAUACACGCACACCUGUCAAACAGUAAUGUGUAUGUAUACGCAGGCAUGUGUCUAUUUCUAUACUAUACAAGGACCAGAUUCGUUUUAUUGUUUUUAUUUUUAAGAUUUGAAUUAAGGUUCAGAUUAAUAUUAAUAUUCAAGAUGAUAAUGUUUCAGUCAGAUUCGGCUCUUUAACAUCCGCUGUCGCUCAAAAACACACAAGAGAAAUUUCACUCACUCAUAUUUGUCCGUUAAAUAUUAUUCUCAUUAAGAUCCAUGAAUUAUUCUCUGAGAAAUGAAUGAAAAUGUUGGAAAAUGUCUGAUCUCGAAAUAUUGAAAAUAGAUUCCUGGAUCCACAUCAAAGUUCCCCGACCCCUAACGCAUCAAGCGUCCUGGGAAUUGGUUGAGUAAUUUUUCAUAAUAUGAACAUGUGUCAAUACACAAUAAUUAUACAAUAAUAAUAAUACGUUUGGGUUUAAACAGCAGGAAAUCAAUACAGCCAAUGUCCUUAUAAGUGUAGUAAAGCAUUCAUUCAAGUGUGUGUGUGUCUGUUUUGUGUAGGUUCUGUAAAUCUGCCGUCCCAGCAUUCAGCAGUGUUCUCUGUGGAUAUUUGAAUACUGAAGUUUUGUUUCUGUCCCUCUGGCUCCGGUGUAAACUUCUUUCCUGUGUUUUGCUGUAAAAGCCUGAAGCUGUGGAGGAGACUCGGCGGCUCAGCCUCUUCACUCUGAGAGCAAAGAUUCAUAAAAAGAAUCAAAUGUGCAUCUAUGAAAUGUCAGAAGUUCACAGCCCAGGUUCCCUGCUGAGUAAAUAAAGCUCUGUUUGGAUGUGGUGAUGCCUCGCUCCCGUUUCACACUCAGGUUUGAUCAUUUGUUUAUUUGACAGGAAACUCACAAACAAAACGUCUUUAAACAGCUUCUCCAGCUCGUAGCGUCUGAUCUGGACUUUUGGGGACUGAUGCUAAUAUUAGGGAUAAAUCAGAUAUUAUUCCUAAAUGUGGAAAUGUAACUGAGGUUUGAUAUUUCACAGUUUGACAAUAAACGUUGUUGUAAAUAAGUUUAAAUAAAAGAAAACACAAACACAA